CUCGCUCACAUGACUCAAUAUUUCUUCCUGGUGCGUUGGUGGGGAUCCAUCUCCGGCCAUGAAAGCAAAACAAACCAGGGCAGUUAGAGCAGCGCGUUUAGCCGAGCUGGAUUUGGCCCACUGAUAAUAACACAGAGGAAGCCGCCGAGGCCGGUCUCAGCGCUGUAGCAGCCGUCGCGGGCUUGUUGUAUACAGCUGUGUAGCUGCCUCCCGUCAUCCAGGCCCUGAGUGUUGAGAUUUAGCCUCUGCUGGGACGUUAACCACUCUUUCUCCUCGAAACAUGAUCCCUCGCCGCCCAAAACAACCUCUGCCAGCUGCGCUAACCUUCCUGCUGGUAUUGGCUGUAACACUACGUCCGAGUUUAUCCAGUGAUGCACUGGCCACCACUUCUCCUCCAGCUCCCCCCUCACCUCCCAGCAAACCCGAGAGAGGGGACUACAAUGUUACCAACAAUGGCACCGCCUGCCUGAUGGCACGCAUGGGACUGCAGCUCAACAUUACUUACCUCUCUCGCUCUCAGGGCAAGGCAGUUCAAGAGAUCAUAAACAUCCAUCCGAACCUGACAAAGCACUCUGGAUCUUGUGAGGCUGAGACAGCAAGCUUAAAACUCACAGAAGACAACACUAAUCUCACUUUCAUCUUCUCUUUGAAUUCUACAACUAACAAGUAUCACCUCAGUGGACUGGAGCUGUCAGCCAAGUUGUCAGACAUGGCUCAGCCCCUGACUCUCAGUAACACUAGUCUGGACUACCUGCAAGGAAAUCUGGGGUACUCUUACAUGUGUCAACAAGAGCUGACUUUGAGCGUUGGGCAGAAUUUCUCCCUCAACACCUUUCAGCUGCAGGUGCAGCCAUUUGGUGUCAGUGGUGAUCAGUUUGGAUCAGCUGAGGACUGUGAGCUGGAUGAAGAUGAAAUGUUGAUCCCCAUUAUAGUGGGCGCUGCCCUGGCUGGCCUGGUGCUCAUUGUCCUCUUUGCCUACCUUAUUGGCAGGAAGAGGAGUCAUGCUGGCUACCAGACCAUCUGAACCUUCUCACAUGAAUCUUCCAAGCCAGAAUGAGCAGCCACCACUACUUCUUGGACUCAACCACAUUUACACUUAAACCUGCUUAUUUUCACCUACCUUUCCCUCUGCUACUCGUUCGCUGCCAUAACCUUUAUUGCCUGAGGUGGCCCAGUGUCUUCUGGACUUUCAGUUGUAUAAUAAUUAGAAAAUAGUGUUAGGAUAUAUAAUCUUGUGCCACUGAGACUUUUUGAAGUGGCUGACGUUUAGCAUCACUACAAGGUCUAGUUCUCCUAGAUGAAGCACAGCCUAGGACUAAAACUCGCUGUGAAGACUCUCCAUUCAAAGCAUUGUUUAGCCAAAGGCUGGAUUUCAUCUAAGCUGGUCACACAACUAAUUAAACUGACAACAGUAUGUAGGAGGAUUAUUUAGGGAAAAUAGCUGCUAUGGCUAGUUUUUUUCAGCACAUUUAAAAGGGAGGAUGCUUUCCUUGCUCCUGAUUUAAUCUAUGCUGAAAAUCAGGAUGGUGAAGUUACAGCAUUGCUGGACUGAGGUAGCCAUGUAAACAGGUACAGGUUUGGUAGCUUAUCCUAGCUGUUACCUUAGGGUCUGGUGUAAUUUUUGUUACCAAGUGAAAUUCAACAGGCAGCAUAUUUUAUGCUCACUGAAAAGCAGUUUUCUGUGGCAGAGCAGGGUUUAUGCAUAGUUGUUAAGAAGACUUUUUUCCCCACUAGACUGAAAACGUCCAGUAACCCUCAGACCCCCAGCCCUCCACUUAAAGGGGCUUCAUGCAAGAUUAAGCUUUACUUUCUAAAGUACAGCUGUUGUUUAUAAAAACCAACUUCCAAGGAGCAUAGAGAGCAUGAAGAUUGGGAAAAAAACAAGGUGACUUGUGAAACAUAUAGAUGAAUUUGGCAUGAGAGUCAGCUUGACAAAUUUUUUGAGAAAUCAGUUUAUGACUUGCAAACAAUUUAUAAAUAUAAUGAUCACUAAACAAGACAUACAUUUUUGCUGCUUGGUGUGAACAUUAACCAUCUUGACUGCUUCCUUCCAUCCAGCAUGUUAAGGAUUUGUGCACAGAGAGGAAAUAAGAAAGGGAGAGAUAUAGCACUGUGGUAAACGAGGGUUUGUUAUACACUAAUAUUACGCAGGCUUGAUGUGAUUUUUGCAUUGAGUGGGAUUAUGUAUUGUUUAACUCUAGUUACAGAGAGUGGAUAUAAUCUGUUACAAUGGACGCACUGAAUAUACGAAAGGAGUGUUAUAAUCUGCUUUUGCUGGUGUGUUACUGUGUUAUUUCUGCCAGUUAAGGUGCUAUGGGAUAGGGUAAUAUGAAUGAGAAUGAUGUGUUGCAAUCCAUCGCUGUUAGUUAUUAUUGUUUUAAUAGAUAAUGUUUUCAUUUCUAAAUGUAAUGACAUAAUAAAAGGGAAUAAUAAAGCUUGA